AUGGCUCCCCAUGCAGAGGCAGACUCGGGCUCCGCGCACGGAGAUGGACCAACCAACGGCAACGGCGCCGUGACUACUAACCUUGCCCACCACCCCCAGCACGACCGCGAGCUCUUCACCGUCGACUCCCCCAACGUCGUCUACAACGACAACGAGAUCCUCUCAAAGUACACCUACCGCACCACAAAGGUCGCCCGGGACGCCGCCACCGGCAAGUACGUCGCCAAGCCCACCACCACGCUCUACGAGUUCAAGACGGACCGCAAGGUCCCCAAGGUCGGCAUGAUGCUCGUCGGCUGGGGCGGCAACAACGGCACCACCGUCACCGCCGGCAUCCUCGCCAACCGCCGCGGCCUCGAGUGGGAUACCCGCGAGGGGCCCCGCGCCGCAAACUACUACGGCUCCGUCAUCAUGGGGUCCACCGUCAAGCUGGGCACCGACGCCGAGACGGCAAAGGACGUCAAUAUCCCCUUCCACGACCUGCUUCCCAUGGUCCACCCCAACGACCUGGCCAUCGGCGGUUGGGAUAUCAGCAAGAUGAGCUUGGCCGACGCCAUGGACCGCGCCCAGGUGCUGGAGCCGACGUUGAAGAUGCAGGUCAAGAAGGAGAUGGCUGAGAUGGUCCCGCUUCCCAGUAUCUACUACCCUGACUUCAUCGCUGCCAACCAGGAGGACAGGGCCGACAAUUUGAUCCCCGGAAGCAAGGCCUCCAUGGCUCACGUUGAGCAAAUUCGCAAGGACAUUAGCGACUUCAAGGAGGCAAACGGUCUCGACAAGGUCAUUGUGCAGUGGACCGCAAACACGGAGCGAUACGCCGACAUCAUCCCGGGCGUCAACGACACCGCCGAAAACCUGCUCAAGGCCAUUGAAGAGGGUCACGAGGAGGUCUCGCCCUCGACCGUCUUCUCCGUCGCCUGCACGCUUGAGGGUGUUCCCUUCAUCAACGGCUCCCCGCAGAAUACCUUUGUCCCCGGAGCCAUCGAGCUGGCCGAGAAGCACGGGUCUUUCAUCGGCGGCGACGACUUCAAGUCGGGUCAGACCAAGAUGAAGUCGGCACUUGUCGACUUCCUCAUCAACGCAGGUAUCAAGCUGACUUCUAUUGCGAGCUACAACCACCUGGGCAACAACGACGGCAAGAACCUCAGCUCGCACAAGCAGUUCCGGUCCAAGGAGAUUAGCAAGUCCAACGUGGUGGACGAUAUGGUCGAGGCCAACACGGUGUUGUACAAGGAGGGCGAGCACCCUGACCACACCGUCGUCAUCAAGUACAUGCCGGCCGUGGGCGACAACAAGCGCGCUCUCGACGAGUACUACGCCGAGAUCUUCAUGGGCGGUCACCAGACCAUCUCGCUCUUUAACGUGUGCGAAGACUCGCUGCUGGCAUCGCCGCUCAUCAUCGAUCUCGUGCUCGUAGCCGAAAUGAUGACGCGCAUCCAGUGGAAGGCUUCUUCGUCGGAUGGUGUCGCGACCAAGGACUUCAAGGGCUUCCACAGCGUGCUGAGCAUCUUGAGCUACAUGCUCAAGGCGCCUCUGACCCCGCCGGGGACCCCCGUCAUCAACGCGUUGAGCAAGCAGCGUGCCGCGUUGACUAACAUCUUCCGCGCUUGUGUCGGCUUGGAGCCCGAGUCUGAGAUGACGCUCGAACACAAGCUGUUCUGA